AUGUCGCCUCCGACCCCGAUAUUUUGGCCAGCGGACUUGCGCAAUGCUGAAGGCUAUUGCUAUGGCCGGAAGAGUCCCGCCUACUGUGUGGCCACCAUCUCCGCUAAUCGAGUCCAAACCCCACCUACUGUUAGUGGUGCAAAAUUCCUCGGGAAAUGUUAUUUCGAUGCAUUCGGUUGCGUCCAACUCGAUUUCGCUGGCAUUGACUCGGAAUUCACCCUCAUUUACUACUACCGGCAUAUGCCUUCUUCGCUACGCUCUUAUUCACUUCAACUCCACGGAGACUCACGGCGCGCUCCAAGAAACCCCUUGGUAAUACACGACUUUACCAGGAGCUCCUUUCACCUCAACUCAGACCUCUUCGAUUCUACAAUAAGCUGUGAAUCUAUCCUGCCUGAAUCUCAUAGCCUGAACGUUUCCAAGCACAUCUUGGUUGCGAUGGGCAUUGCUCUCUACCUACCACGACAUGUCCUGUCACAUUCCCCCUUUUCAUCGCAAUACCCCAUCUUAGGCCAACUAGCAAGGAUCUCCUCCACAGCCCGGCAGUUGGAAGCUCGUCGUAGUCAAGUUACAUCUCUCACGCAACAACUCGACUCACUGAGCACACCCUCCACAUCCACACAUAACUACUCCACAAGAUACACGAGCUUUUUCAAUACUUUAUGGCUCAUUCUCAACGAUAUCAUUGUCGGUGUGGCAUUCGGGUCGUUUCUACGUGAUAAUAGUACCACCCUCGCAAAAAUGACCAACACCCUCAUCGAGGUUUUCUUCAUUGACUGGAUCCGAUGGGCUCUUCUGUGGCUGGAUUCUUGGCCUGCAGGCCUGAAACUCAAUACAGAACUAAGCCAUCUCUACUCGCACACAUUUCAUGACCUUGUUAGAACGUGGGGAAUUGGGCUCCAUGCGAUAGCCUCACAUCUCUCAGUCCUUCUUUAUUGGGCUGGUAUCCUCGGCUGUGUUUGUGGCAUGACCAUCGCAAUCGCCUUGAUGGCCGACCUCUUUGGACUACUUACUUUCCAUAUCACAGUUUGUUAUUACAUUUCACGCGCUCUUUAUGCUCGCUUCUUGCAUACUGGCGCUUCGCUGUGGAAUCUGUUUCGUGGGAAACGUUUUAACACGCUGCGGAACCGGACAGACAAUUGGGAGUACGAUACAGAUCAGCUCCUCUUCGGGACGAUUCUGUUCACUCUCUUAGCUUUCCUUGCUCCCACUGUUCUGGCAUAUUACACCAUGUUUGCCUUGCUUCGUUUAAUCAGUAUUCUAGUCAAUGCUGCUCUGGAAACACAGCUCGCAUUCAUGAAUCAUUUCCCGCUCUUUGCGCUUAUGCUUCGCGUUAAAGAUCCUUGGCGGAUCCCAUACGACAUCCAUCUUGCAAAAGGCUCUGAACCAACUAUAUCCUUUCUUGUCAAAAACAAACCUGUGCCACUCGCCAGGAUCUUUUCCCAAUACACUCAACUAUGGCACAAGCUAGCUGCUCACUACAACCCGUUACGCUUGUUGAAACUUGUCCUGAGCGGAAAGAUGCUCAAGCCAAUAUGA